CCGAGAUAGAUGGAGGAAGUCCGAGCUGCUGCUUUAGCGGCCUACAGUGACUAUUCGAGCGAGGAAAAGAAUCUGGUAGUUGAGGCCUUCAAAUCCUUAGCUUCUUACAAAGAUGGCAAAGCCAGCUGCAAAGAGUUAGCAGAUUUGUUCUCUGAAUCCAGAAGCCAGCGAAAGGAAGAAAUUUUCGCCGGAGUAGACCGAGAUGGAGAUGGGUAUCUGAAUCUCUACGAUUUCAUCACCCUGGCUUACACGUUCUACGGGACGUUCAGUUGUGACGAGUGUGGAGACAGAAACAUGGUAACAAAGGGCAUGUCUUACUCCUGUGUCGAAUGCAUCGAUUUGAGGAACUCCAACGACGACAAUCGUUCGUACAAUCUUUGCGUCACAUGUUAUAAAAGUAAGCAAUUCAGCCACCAUCACUCUUUCUUCUUGGAUAACUACCUGCAGUUGCAGAAGAGGAAUCAGAUGGCAAAGAAACUCAAGGAUAGAAAAAAAAGCAGAGAGUCACACGAAGCCUUAGAAGCUGCCUUGGCAUAUUAUGAUGCAUGUUCAAAUGAGGAAAAGGAGCUAUUAGAGAAAGGAUUCAUGCAACUUGAUUUUGACAACGACGGAAGAGUUAGCUCUAAAGAUUUUAAUGCCUCUCCAUUUGCCAAUUCAGGACGGGGAAUCAAAUUGUUGGAUAAUUAUUAUAUGGAUUUCAAGACUUUCAUUAAAAGUAUAUACAGAAGAGAUUCGAAGGGUUGUUGCGAGCACUGCAAUCUUUAUAUAGACGGCAUGUUUUACUCUUGCGUAGAAUGCUUCGACAGGUGGGAUUCCAGUGGCAAGCACUGUCGCUAUGAUCUCUGUGUCAACUGCUAUCGCACUCGGAAAUUCGUCCACCCACACUCUUCAUUCUUCGAUAACUAUGUUCUUCUGGAGAAGAGAAAUUUGGCUUUAAAAGAAUACAAGGAGAAGGAGAAGAGGAGAGAGGAGGAGGAAAUCCGUGGCCCUGCUAUGACAGACUACAAGAACUGUUCAGACGAGAGGAAGGAAGCAAGGAUGAAGACUUUCAGAGACCUCGAUUCCAACAGUGAUGGCAAAAUCAGUUAUGAAGAAUUGAAAGCUUUUCUCUCUGAGGAAGGAUAUACGGGUCAGAAAUUUAAAUCUCUUGCUGAGCUAGACAAAGAUGGUGAUGGAUAUCUUGAUCAAUGGGAUUUCAAUGUGCUUCAGUACAUGAUUGACAAAAGGGUUUCUUGUAAGGUCUGUGGACUGUUUAUAAAGGGCUUGUGCUACAGCUGUGCUGAAUGCAUGAACAAGUGGAUCUCCAAGAGCGGUGAUAACUAUUAUGUCUGUCCUGCUUGUUAUCACUCUGGGAAAUUUGUCCAUGAACACUCCACCUUCUGGGAUAACUAUGAGAUGCUUUGGAAUAGAAUGCAGGCUGCAAGAAAUGAGGAGGACGAAAGGAGGAAGAAAGAGAUGGAUGAAAUCAGAGUCGCUGCUGCUGCAUAUUAUGAGAAUUGUCCAAAAGGCGAAAUCCAGGAAGUGGAGAAGACCUUUCGAGACCUAGAUGCAGACAGUAAAGGCAAAGUAAGCUUUAAAGAGUUCGAUGCCUUCUACUCUGCUACUGGGGUCACUGAUGAACUCGUUUACUUAGACCGGGACGGCGAUGGAUAUCUCGAUCUCCAGGAUGCAAUUGUCUAUUACUACAUUGAUAAGACGAGAGCUCGAUGUCAAGUUUGCAAACAUUUUAUAAAUGGUAUGUACUAUUCCUGCAUUGAAUGUUUCGGUCAGAAGGGAAGUUUUGGCGAUCGUAAAACAUAUAAUCUCUGCUUCUCCUGCUAUCCCACUGGGAGACUGGACCACCCACACUUCUUCUUGGAUAACUACACUUUUCUUCAGAUGAUACUCAGUGCACCCACAAAUGAAAACAAGAUAGCUACACUACAGGAAGAGAACGAGGUAUUUACCGAGGAUAUUGCAACAGUUGAAUCCACCCAGACAGAUAAUUCGCAGGAAGAGAAAGAUGCAGACCAAGAGGAAAAUGCCAUAGUACCAUCUACUAUUCGAUCAAAUUCUUUGGAGAAAGAGACGAAAAAUGAGAUCGAUGAGAUCCGUGAGGCUGCAGCCAUUUAUUACAAUAGUUGUUCAAAUGAAGAAAAGCAGAGAGUUCUAAGUAUGUUCGUAACCUUGGAUACUAACAAUGAUGGAAAAGUGAGUUAUGAAGAGUUUGAAGCCUUCCCUUCUAGUGUGGGUUUACUGAAGCCUGCAAUCGAAGAUUUCAUGGAAUUAGACAGGGAUGGCGAUGGAUAUCUUGAUUAUCAGGAUGCAAAGGUGUUGUAUUAUAUGGAUUUGACUAGGGAGAUAUGUCAAGUGUGUAGACGUUUUAUCAAGGGUAUGUACUACACCUGCGUAGAGUGUUUCGAUCACAAAGGACGUCUCGGUGAACGCAAGACCCAUAGUCUCUGCCUUGCUUGCUAUGACACCGGAAGAGUGAAUCACCCACACGUAUUCUUGGACAACUAUGCUUUGCUUCGAACAAGAAGUCUGUCUGGGAAAGGAAAGAAAAGUAUACAACAGGAGGAGGAGGAAGACGAGGUGGUGAAGGAAAUUCAAAUGGAAGAAAAGGACUUAAGAUCCCCUGUUGCAUCAGACUCCAUGGACCAUACAGGGAGAAUUUUACUCAGAGGACCUAGUAGAGAUGGAUUCUAUCAUUUUCCUGGAGCAAUUCAACAGAGGAUAGAAAACUUGGAAGCUUGUGUUGGAGAGAAAACCUCCCUGUCAAAAUGGCAUCAACGACUUGGUCAUGCCUCCUUAAGAGUUGUGAAAAAUAUUAUCUCUAAGUUUAGUUUACCUUAUUCGAGUUCUUUUAGUUAUCCUUUUGUGUGUGAAGCUUGUCAGAUGGGCAAAGCCCACUGUUUAAGUUUACCGUCUUCAAAUACGAUUUUUUCUUCUCCACUUGAGUUGGUAUUUUCUGAUGUAUGGGAACCUACCCCAACUUUAUCUAAUAAAGGAUUUUAGCA